CCCCCGUCACGUGACGGGACGGGCGCCUGCCCCUCGCGGCGUCAGGGGGCGGGGCCGGGCCGCACCACUCGCGGCCGCGGGGGAGUGCAGGAGUGUAGGCGAGGCGGUCGGUCACCAGAUGUAUUGGCAUGCGAGAUCACUAAGCCUUCUGGGAGAAACAUGGAAGACAGCUAAGGGACCAAUAGGUCCCAAGGCCUUGGGAUGAAGCCUACAAGAGUGAAGACGGGGAAAUGGGGCCUCUACACUCUGGGGAGACAUGGUGUGUCACGGUGAGCACAGUACUCACCCCAGCGUCAGAAAGGAUGAAAUGCCUGGUUGGUGUUCUGCUCUAUCGUCCUCCUCUUGGUGGAGAAAGGACGACCACCCCCCGCAUUGGCGACGUGAUCCAGAAGCUGGCCCCCUUCCUGAAGAUGUACAGUGAGUAUGUCAAGAACUUUGAGUGAGCAGUUGAGCUGCUGGCCACCUGGAGUGACAAGUCUCCACCCUUCCAGGAGGUUAUCACCCGCAUUCAGCGAGGCCUCGGGCAGCCUGACUCUGCAGCACCACAUGCUGGAACCUGUGCAGAGAAUCCCACGCUACGAGCUGCUGCUCAAGGAGUAUGUCCAGAAGCUGCCAGCCCAGGCCCCAGACCUGGCUGAUGCCCAGAAAGCCCUUGACAUGAUCUUCUCAGCCGCUCAGCACUCCAACGCAGCCAUCACUGAGAUGGAGCGGCUGCAGGAACUGUGGGAAGUGUACCAGCGCCUGGGCCUGGAGGACGACCUAGUAGACCCCUCCAACACCCUGCUGCGCGAGGGCCCCGUCCUCAAGAUCUCCUUCCGCCGCGUCGGCCCCAUGGAGCGCUACCUUUUCUUGUUCAACAACAUGCUGCUCUACUGUGUACCCAGGGUCAUCCAGGUGGGCGCCCAAUUCCAGGUCAGGACCCGUAUCGACGUGGCCAGCAUGAAGGUGCGGGAGCUGACUGACGCCGAGUUCCCCCACUCCUUCCUGGUGUCCGGGAAGCAGCGCACCCUGGAGCUGCGGGCCCGCAGGUCCCAGGAGGAAAUGAUCUCCUGGUUGCAGGCCUGCCAAGCGGCCAUUGACCAAAUAGAGAAGCGGAGUGAAACCUUCAAAGCUGCGGUCCAGAGCCCUGAGGGAGACACCCAGGAGCAGGAGCUGCAGUCCGAGGAGCUGGGCCUCCGGGCGCCGCAGUGGGUCCGUGACAAGAUGGUGACCAUGUGUAUGCGCUGCCAGGAGCCCUUCAACGCCCUGAUGCGCCGCCGCCACCACUGCCGGGCCUGCGGCUACGUGGUGUGUGCCAGGUGCUCCGACUACCGGGCUGAGCUCAAAUACGAUGACAACAGGCCCAGCCGAGUCUGUUUAGACUGCUACACGUUCCUCACCGGAAAUGUGCUCCCCGAGGACAAGGAGGACAAGAGGCGUGGCAUCCUGGAGAAAGGAGCUGCAGCGGGGUCCGAGCAGAGCCUAAUGUGCAGCUUCCUACAGCUCUUCGGGGACAAGUGGGGCAAGAGCGGGUCCCGGGGCUGGUGCGUGAUCCCCCGGGAUGACCCCCUCGUGCUCUAUGUCUACGCUGCCCCCCAGAAUGUCAUGUAUUUGGAAUCAUACAGUACGGAGACUUUUGGGUCUGGCUCCUUUUACUCAGCCUCAUGUAUUUGAGACUCGUCCACGUUGUUCAUGGACCAGUACUUUGUUCCUUUCCAUUGCUGAGUAGUAUCCCUUAAGUGGGUAUACCGUGGUUUGCUUACCCUUUACCAGCUGAAGGACCUUUGGGUUAUUUGUGGUUUGGGACAAUUAUGAAUAGUGCUGCUAUGAACUAUAAACAUUCAUGUUCAGGUUUUUUUUGUGGUCAUACAUUUUCAUUUCUCUAAGGUAAAUACCUAAAAUUGGAUCACUGGGUCAUAUGAUAAGUGUAUGAUUACCUCUCUCAGAAACCGCCAAGCUGUCUUCCAGGGUGACUGUACCAUUUUGUAUUCCCAUCAUCAGCGAUCAGAGUUUCCCAUUGUGCACAUCUUUGGCAGCAUUUGGCACAGGCAGGGUUUUUGUUUGUUUGUUAAAACAUUUAUUUAUUUAAUUGGCUGCCCCAGGUCUUAGUUGCGGCAUGCGGGAUCUUUAGUUGAGUCAUGUGCACUCUUAGUUGUGGCGUGUAGGAUCUAGUUCCCUGUCCAGGGAUCAAACCCGGGCCCCCUGCAUUGGGAGCAUGGAGUCUCAGCCACUGGACCAACAGGGAAGUCCCUGUUUGUUUUAAAUUUUAGCCAUUCUGGUGGGUGUGUAGUGCUUACAACUUUUUAAGCUUAUGAAUGUAUCAAAAAUAUCAUGUUGUACAUCUUUAAUCUAUACAAUUUUUAUUUGUCAAUUAUACCUCAAUAAAGCUGGCGGGAGUUUAUGGAUGUAAUGAAAUAAGGGCCUGUAAUAGUAAAUAUUUUGCAAACAUAAUCAUUUAAGGCCCUAUUAUGUGCCAGACAGUAUCCUAAUCCUUCCAAAAUCCUAGGGGCAGCUGGUAUCAUGGGGAGGGCACCCAUGACAGUCUAAAAGGCUCAAAUCCCAACUCUGUGGUGGGCUUGCUGUGGGACGUUGGGCACAUCACUCAGUGUCUCUGAGCCUCCAUUUAUUUAUUGUAAAUAGAUUGAGCAAUGCCCCCUUGCAUGCUUGGUGUGAAAACCAAAGGAGAUAAUGCAGGGAAAGCUCCUGGCCCACAGGAGAGGCUCAACAGCUGGGAGUUGUUAUUAGCUACGCUCUUUAUGUAGCAACAUUCCUGGGAUAAUUUGUUCCAGCAGCAAGUCUAGUUGCUUCUGCCUUCAGGAUAUAUUCCAGAUGGAGCCUCCUCGCACCCCACACCUCUCACACAGCCACCUCUCUGGUCCAGGCCACCAUGUCCUCUCUCAGGUGACUGAUUGCAAGAGCUUCUCUCCGGCCCCUGCACUCAUACACCCACCCCCUGGUGGUCGUACUCCAAACAGCAGACACAGGAGUUCUUUUCCAUCUGAAACUCCCAUCCAGGGUCCUGGUCCCAACCCUCCCGAGGCAUCACGGUAAGAAGUCCCUCUGAUGCCUCCCUCCUACAAUCCACCAGGCUUUCUGUGAUCUGGCCCCUGGCUGCCUCUCAGAGCUCGUUUAUUCAUCUCUGUAUCCCAGAACUUAGCACAUAGUAAGUGCUCGAAAAACACCUUCUGGCCUGGAUUCACACUAGCGCUGUCAGGCCACCAACAUGGCAGGCAGUAUUUCUCUUCCAUUGAGGUGACUGGAAGUCAGAGAGGUGCGAAUGACGUGUGCAAGGUCAUACGGCACUUCUGUGGACUCUCUCAGGGACCAGGACAAGGGUCUCCUAACAAUGGCUGUGGCCUCAUACCUUUGCCUUUUCCUUCCGGCUGCCUGUCUCUGCCCCAUGACUGGACCCCAGGGCCCUGCUUCUUCCUGAAAUUGGCCAUGGUGGGAGUGUUCCUGCCAUGGAAAUUAGCAAAUCAGCCCCCCUCUUAUCCCUCAUCCCCCAACAGAGGUCUGAUUGUUACUUCUUGCCAGCACGACACUGUCCACGAAGUCUGGCAUCCUGAAGUAACUGAGUGAAGCCACCUUGCUCACCUGUCCACGUCUUGAGCUUGCAACCCUCAAGGUGACCCAGGUGCCUUUUCCAUCUCUUCUCUCCUCUGCCUGGCCUCAGGCUCUAUUCUGGGCCAGUUGCUAGCUGGCCUUCGGCCUAUACACAGUGAGCUUCUGCAAGUCAAAGGCCAAGGUGGAGGUGAGGGCACCUUCCUACUGGUGCUUCUGGCCUGACCCUGGCCUCUACCUGGUCACAUCCUUCUUGUUCCAACUCCCUGAGCCACUGAUAUGCUGGAGCCAUUUCUGCCUCUGAUUUCUUCUCCUUACCCUCUUCUCUCCAUGAUUCUCUCAUUUCUCAUCUUUGGCAUUUUAACUGUGUCUCUCUUUACCUCUGCUAAUAAAAACAAGAGAUAAAUUUUUUUUUUCUGGCAGCGCACCACAGCAUGUGGGAUCUUAGUUCCCUGACCGGGGAUCAAACCCGUGGCCCCUGCAUUGGAAGUGCAGAGUCUUAACCACUGGACUGCCAGGGAAGUCCCAAGAGCUAACUUUUUUUUUUUUUUUUUUUU